AUGCCCAGGCCGGGAAAGAGCUCGUACAGCGACCAGAAACCGCCCUACUCCUACAUCUCCCUGACGGCCAUGGCCAUCCAGCACUCGGCCGAGAAGAUGCUGCCCCUGAGCGACAUCUACAAGUUCAUCAUGGAGCGGUUCCCCUACUACCGGGAGCACACGCAGCGCUGGCAGAACUCCCUCCGCCACAACCUCUCCUUCAACGACUGCUUCAUCAAGAUCCCGCGCCGCCCCGACCAGCCGGGCAAGGGAAGCUUCUGGGCGCUGCACCCGGACUGCGGGGACAUGUUCGAAAACGGCAGCUUCCUCCGCCGCCGCAAGCGCUUCAAGGUCCUGCGCCCCGAGCACCACCUGCCCGGCGGCGGCGGGGCGGGCGGCGGGGCGGGGGGCGGCGGCGGCCCCGGCAAGCCCCCCGCGCCCGCCCCGCACAUGGUGCACUACUUCCACCCCCACCCGCCGCCGCCGCCGCCGCCUCCCUCGGGCAAGGUGCCGGGGCUGGCGGGCUCCGAGGCGGCCGUGGCCGCCGCCGCCGCCGCCGCCGUGGGGAGGCUACCGCAGUUCUCGCCCUACGGCAGCAGCCAGCCCUCGGGCUUCAAGCAUCCCUUCGCCAUCGAGAACAUCAUCGGCAGAGAUUACAAGGGCGUGCUGCAGGCCGGCGGGCUGCCGCUGGCCUCGGUGAUGCACCACCUGGGCUACCCGGUGCCCAGCCAGCUCACCAGCGUGGUGAGCUCCAUGUGGCCGCACGUGGGGGUGAUGGAUUCCGUGGCCGGCGUGCCCGUGUCCCCCGACUACGGACCUUUCGGCGUGCCCGUGAAGGCGCUCUGCCACCCGCCGGCACAGACCAUGCCCGCCGUCCCGGUGCCCAUCAAGCCGGCGCCGGCGAUGCCCACCGCCUCGGCCAUCCCCGCUCUCACCGUCGCCGCCACGCAGAUCUGCCCCGCCGCUUCCUCGGCCGCUGCCUCGCUGCUGGAGCAGGCCGCGAGCAACACCCCCGAGGGCAAGGGCUCCCUCCACUCCGUCCUGGUGCACUCCUAA